AUGGCAGACUCAGGUCGUGUAAUCCGUCCUGCGGUGACGCGACGGAAGCAUCUCAAAAGCCGCAAGGGAUGUCUUCAGUGCAAAAAACGCAAAAUCAAAUGUGACGAGAACGGGUCAGUCUCCUGCGCGCAAUGCGUUAAAAGUCGAUAUACUUGUUCCUUUGCACCACCCGAAGCUGUGGAUUCAACCUUUUCAACAAAUGCGGUACUGGAUAUGGAACUUUUACAUAAUUUCACAUCAAUGACAGCAGCUUCACUCUCGGACUAUCCUGAAAUCCAGCGAUUUUUCUCCUUGGAAUUUGUUCAGCUCGCACUGAAGAAUGAUUACCUUCUCCAUUGCGUCCUCUCUCUAUCGGCCUUUCACAUUGUGUACCAGCAUCGGAAUGAGAAGCCUUUGACUGAUCACAAUGUGGGAGAUAGCGCUGAUAAGUAUCUUAUAGCCGCCCACUGUCAUUAUGAUAAUGCUCUUAAAGGAUUCCGCUGCAGCCUCUCGCACCUGAAUUCAGAUAGUUGCCAUGCGUUAUUUGGAUGUGCCUUCCUUUUAUUCAUCGUUUCGUUGUCGCGUCCAUCCGAGAUCUUCCACAAGGCAGCUCAACCAGGCUCUUCUGUGGAUGUUGGUCUCUGGCUUGAUCUUCAAAUAUCAGAGUGGAUCAUUCUCACAAAAGGUCUACCUUCCAUUGUCCAACACGCAGAGCUUCUUGCCACUUUGAGGGAGGGCCCAUUGGCCCCAAUUAUGACACUUCGAGAUCACCCAUCCCCCUCCGACAACGACGACACAUCCAAGAACCACGCAUUAUUUCACCUGCACAGACUGUCAGAAGCGAUUCGGGAAAAAUCUUCGGAUUAUCAUAUAGUGGAGAUAUGUAACGCGUCGAUCCAAACCCUUCGGGAGGUUUUGAUCGAAGUCAGCUUGUCACAAGAUGUCGCUCUUUCCUUUCUCUGGCCCAUGAGGGUUCACCCCGACUAUCUGGCUUUGCUCGGCGAGAGAAGACCCGAAGCGCUGUUGGUCUUUGCUUAUCACUGUGUGCUGCUCCACCAAAUGAGCGCUCGAUGGUUCACUCAAGGCUGGCCUCAAUCGAUGCUUGAGUCGAUGAAAUAUACGCUUGACGAUGCAUGGAUGCCUUUGCUCAAAUGGCCCCUGGAUGCGGUGUUGAGUGACCGACAGAACAUGGCAGCUGGAUCUGCAUAUAAUUGA